AUGAUACCCAUAUGCCCAGACGAAGUCCUAGAAAGGAACCCCCAGUUCAAAACCGUCUUCCAGAAUCUUACAGUUAAUAAACUCAACUCGGACGCGUCGACGAAACUCUCGAAUGAGGGUGCAAAGGAAAGCGAGGAUGUCGAUAAAAGGCUUACUACUAUCCGAGAAGAUCUCGUAAAGACUAAAAUUAUUCGACAGAGAUUAGUUCACAUAUUAAAUGAACUGCCUCCAGAUUUAAGAGAAGUCAUAGACCUCUACCUCUCCUCUCAGAACUCCGGCGCCGUCCUUAGAAAGGAUGACGAAGCGUUCUUUUUGGAAGGCCUUCCUCUUAUCUGUAAAGCCUUGAACAAAGUCAUCCUCGAAGAUGCCACAGAUCUAGCCAACAUGUGCGGUGGGAACGAUGUAACCCCCUACACCCUCCCAGCCCACAUAACCCACCGCCUCCAAUCCCUCCAAUCCCGUCGUACCCACCUCUACAACCUCAGAACCCAAUCCCUCAAAAAGACCCUCCACCUAACGACCCUCCUCCGCACUCAAAUUUCCACAACAAUAAAACUAAUCGAACAAACAAAGCACGGCCUCUCCUCCCGUGCCCAAAAAUCCCAAGCAAAGCAUCUAGCAUUAGUCUCAGAAUCCCUGGAAGGAAAAGUCAAGAUUAUGUAUUUCGAACAACUAGACAGGAUUUAUGAUGACGAUACUACAGGUGCCUUGGCAUUCUAUAAAGAGCAUUUGGAGGAUGUGAAGGUUAGGUUGAAGAAACAAGGGAGGAAGGCGGAGGGUGAAUUAGAGGAGUACGAAGGUUUUGGGGAAGGGGUCAAGAGGGACGUUGUGCGGUACGCAAAGGUUCUCGAUGAAUUGGAAAGGGUGACGGUGGAGGUUCAACGGUUGGAAGGCGAUUUUUGA